CCGGUCGUUUAAACGUCUGACUGUGGAUUCUGUGUAGAUAGCAGAAAUCUGAAGUAUUUCACGUUAAAUGUUUGAUAUUUUCUUACGUUUUACAUGUAACAUGUCUGUGUUUUAUCACUGUUAGUCGUGAGGAGAACAAACGGAAAUGGAUCGAUAAAGUAACUGGCUCUUAUUCUGAAUGGGUGAAGCGGAAGUGGAGCGACUUCCUGUCCUAGCUUGAUGGAGGCUGAUGCUGGGUGAGGUCAGCUGGUCUGCCGAGCACAUAAUGGAGGAAAUAACUGAAGUUGAUCCGCUACCGCGUCCCGGUUCGUCCGGUCAGUGAGUCUAGGACCCGGUUCCGACUCCGCCCGGUUCGGUGCUUCCCCCCACGUGCUGCCAUCGGCCCGCUUCUUUGUCUUCCCGCCGCCGCGGCUCCGCUCCCGGUCCGCCCGGGCAGCGCACGCGCCCGCACCGUCCCAGCCGACACAAAGACGCGUCCGGAGAUGCUGAGGGCCUCCGGGGCCGUCUGAGGGAACCGAACCGAACUGAACCCAUGGCGUCCUCCAAGGCGAAGGCGGAGAGCGGCCCCCAGAAGGAGGGGAAGGGCGCCGGCGGCGUUCCUGCUGGGGAGGCGGCGGCCAACAGCCGGAAUUACCGCCUGGACGAGCUGGACACGGUGGCCACAGUCGGCACCGGGACGUUCGGCAGAGUCUUCCUGGUCAGAGAGCAGAAGAGCAGAGCCUUCUACGCCCUGAAGCAGAUGAAGAUCGCCGACGUCAUCCGGUUGAAGCAGGAGCAGCACGUGCACAACGAGAAGGAGGUGCUGAGCGAGGUCAACCACCCCUUCCUCAUCCGCCUACUCUGGACUCACCACGACGAGCGCUUCCUCUACAUGCUGAUGGACUUUGUGGCCGGCGGCGAGCUCUUCAGCUACCUGCGCAGCCGCGGCCGCUUCAGCAACGCCGCCGGCCUCUUCUACACGUCGGAGAUCGUCUGCGCCAUCGAGUACCUGCACUCCAAGCUCAUCGUGUACCGAGACCUGAAGCCCGAGAACAUCCUGCUGGACGCCGAGGGACACAUCCGGCUGACGGACUUCGGCUUCGCCAAGAAGCUGUCGGACAAAACCUGGACUCUGUGUGGAACUCCAGAGUACCUGGCUCCUGAGGUGAUCCAGAGCAAAGGUCACGGCCGUGCCGUGGACUGGUGGGCUCUGGGCAUCCUGGUCUUUGAGAUGCUGGCAGGGUACCCGCCCUUCUUCGACGACAACCCCUUUGGGAUCUACCAGAAGAUCCUGUCUGGAAAGCUGGACUUCCCGCGCCAUCUGGACUUCUACGUGAAAGAUCUCAUCAAGAAGCUGCUGGUGAUCGACAGAGCCAGACGACUCGGCAACAUGAAGAACGGAGCGGACGACGUGAAGAAGCACCGUUGGUUCAAGAUGGUGGACUGGGAGGCGGUGCCUCUGAAGAAACUGAAGCCUCCCAUCACUCCCAAAGUGUCCCACGAGGGCGACACCUCCAACUUUGAUGUUUACCCUGAGGACGACUGGAAGAAAGACCCCGCUGUUCCUCCCAAAGAGCUGGAGAUCUUUAAGAACUUCUGACUGAUGGAUGGGGGACUGUGUGCUGCUGGGGAGGGAACCAGAACCUGCCAAGGAUGGCAGUCUGUCUCUGGAUGGAGUUCCCGUCUUGACAAAGUCUGUUCCCUGAUGGAGUCUGUCAAAGAAGGUAGUCUCUUUCUGGACGGGGUCCGUCUCUGGACGGAGUCCAGCCCAGAAUGGGAUCUGUCUUUGGGCAGAGUCCGUCUCUGGAAGGAGUCCGUCUCUGGAAGGAGUCCAGCCCAGAACGAGAUCUGUCUUUGGGCAGAGUCUAUCCCUGAACAGAGUCCGUCUCUGGACGCCGUCCGUCUCCUGACAGACUCCGUCUCUGGAUAGAGUCGGUCUCCGGACGGAGUCCAUCUAUUGACGGAGUCUGUUCCUUGAUAGAGUCCAUCCCUGAACAGAGUCUGUCUUUGGACCCGGUCCUUCUCCGGAAUGAGUCCAUCUAUUGACGGAGUGUUUUCCUGGACAGAGUUCUUUUCUGGUCAGUCUGUUCCUUGAUGGAGUCCAUGUCUGAUCGGAGUCCGUCUCCCAGCGGAGUAUAUCUUUGAACUGAGUCAGUUUCUGGACAGGGUUCCUCUCUGGAUGGGUUUCGUCCCCGAACUUAAGUGUUACCAGACUGUUGAUCUCCUGAACCCUCCAUCCUGAGCCCAAUCAGAUGCAAAAACAACCUGAAGACUGUUACGUUCUACAAGAACCGGCGUUUUUUUUAUUGACCUGCGUUUGUAUUUGGUUCUUGACCUUGGUGCUGCAGAAGCCGCUCGUCUCUGAGCUCUUCUGAUUGGUGCCUUACUUCAUGCUGUGAUGAACAGGAGGUCUCCUGCCUCUGGACCGCCUUGCCGUUCCUCUGGUUCCAGAACCAAAGCGCUCUGUUCUAGAACAGGCUCCUCACGGCUCAGUCCUGUUAAAACCAACAACCAAACUUUGGGAUUUUCAGAAUAAACUUCCUGUUUGUGCUUCCUGAUCAACGCUGUAAACAUUCAGGUCUGCUCCUCUGGUUCUGGUUCAGAGUUGGAACCAGUUCUCUGGUUCGGUUCCACCACAGGGGAGCUGGUACUGUCUGAUGUACCCAUCAGAACCCAGACCCUUUAAAUGAAAAUGAUGGGGGAUAUUCCACAGAACACGCCUCAGAUGUUGUUCUGUCACGUUGAUGUUCUUCUGGGUUCACAGAACCAGGUCCUGUUGGUGGAACCACAUUGUCGGGAUCAUCGUCUGUUCUUGUUCUUUAAAUAUCAGUAUUCUAUGUCAUCCUUCUGCUACCACGACAUUCCCUUUAGACACCGGUACUGGUUCUGUGUACCUGCUUCCAAAGACGCCUCAGCACAGAACCACAAACCGGACUCUGGAAGCAGCUGAUGGUUCUGUUAGGAUGUGUCCGCCCAGUUCUACGGUGUUCUCUUUGUUCUCUGAACCGUGUGGUCUCCAUGAGAACCUGGUGGUGUUUGUGAGAGCGUUUGUGGAUUCCUGGCCUUGUGGUUCCUGCAUGAACGUCGUCCGUCAUAAACCUCCCUGUGCUGUCAGAGACCUGGUGUCAGCGUCUGCUGGACUCCAGAACCAUUAAAGAGACUUUUCCAAAGCGGUC